CCACAACAUGUGAGUGAGAGGAGAAGAGAGGAAGAAGAAAAGAGUUGCAGAAGAAUUCCAGACUCUUCCAAGUUUUCAGGGAACGAAAGAGUAAAAACUGCACUUAACAGCCAAUCACCCUACUUAGGAGGACAGGAGACACAGACAAAAAAACCCAAAACAUAAAUAAGGGAAAGCAGCCAGAGAAAGGGGAAAGGCAGCAGAGAGUUUACGAGGCAGGUAAGUAUUAGAGCAGGAGUGGAGGAUGGAUGGUUGGUUGAAGGAGGUGCAGCGUCGGCCCGUCCUCUGUGUAUUCUGCAGCUCACUGGCCUUCAGGCUGCUCCAGACACUGCUGAAAUUUUUGCCCAGACCCCAUGCUGUUAGGUGUGAUCCAUGGAAGAACUAUAAAUGGAAGAAUCUUUCCGUGUCACUCGUCCACUCACUCCUGACCGGCACCUGGGCCGUUUUCUGUGUGUUUCAGUAUCCAGAGAUGGUGUAUGAUCUGAACUUGUCCUUCACUCCUGCCUCAUAUCUGCUUGUCAUCAUCUCAACAGGGUAUUUUAUCCAGGAUGCCGUAGACAUCAUCAUCAGUGGGUAUGCACGAGAAUCAUGGGAGUUUCUGCUCCAUCAUGUUAUGGUGAUCUGGACUUUCCUGUACGCUGUUCUCACCUGGCACUACGUAGCUGGCGCUGUGGUGGCUUUGUUUGUCGAAGUGAACAGUAUAUUUCUGCACUUGCGCCUCAUGCUCAAAAUGGCUGGAGUGGCCCAAGACUCGCUCCUCUACACCAUUAAUAAGUUUAUCAACCUCACAACCUACAUCAGCUUUCGUCUGGGAGCGCAGUCCUACCUGACAUGGUACAUCCUCGUGAACUUCUCUCAGCUGGUCCAUGCUGGGUAUUUCCUGGUGUCUAUGAUGCUCAUGAACAUCAUGAUCCUCAUUUAUUUCUACCGUCUGCUGCGAACAGAUUUCUUCUCCAAGCACAGCCAUUCAAACGGUGUCCGCAAAUUUGUCCAGGACUGAGACGCUUCAUGGGGAAUAUCCAGAGUACUGACCAUUAGUCCGUCACUAAGAACCUCUGAAUGUUUACACUGGAUUCUGGUUUAAAAGGUUUUCAUUCCAUGCUGCUGACUACUAUACCACACGCCUCUGAAACGUGUAACCCAUUUUUAUCCUUACAGAAAAAUCACAUAAACCCUACAUGCUAACGUUUCA